GGAAUGUAAUGAACGAUUAUUUCGUGCUGACGAUAGAUGUAAUAUACAAAAAGCCUUGGAAAAUGUCAGAGGACAGAUAAUUUUGAUAACUUAUGGUCUCCAAAAUAAUUUAACAGGAGAACCAGACAAAAAAUAUUAUUGA